UGAUACAUACCAAACGAAAUGUUUGGUUUGUAACAAAUCUAUCAAAUUUGUUACAAUGUACAUAUAUUGUAUAUAUUGUACUGUCUUUUACGAUUAAUUGUUGUCAAGAAACUCGAAAUGUAUGGUCGGAGUGCCUAUUUCUCCCACCAGAAACUAUUUCUUAAAUAAAUCUCUUGUAAAACCAAAAAUUCAGGACAAAGAAAGAUACUUCCACAACUUUUAAACGGCAAAAAUUACAAAAAUUACAUUUUAGAGAGGCAAACUUUAAUUUUUAAUACUUUGCGUAAAAGGUGUGAUAAAUUUAUACAUCGAUUAUAAAUACUACUGGCUUCUUUUAUAAGCUUAUUCAAUUCAGUAACGGCGUAACCAAGGCAACGAUACACUCCGCGCCUUGAACUUAUAAUUUUGUCCACAAUACACGUUUCGAUAAACAUUAACACACCAAAAUGGACCUAAUAGUGCAAAAUAUUGUUUGUAAGUCGGCUAAAAACAUCAAAGAGAUUUGCCGUGAGCCCGUGGUCAGUGAUGAAGGGAUGGUAAAUUGCAUAUCAUUGACAAAAUCCUUUGGCUACGACAGCAUAAAAUUGCACAAUUUGUGUGCGAUUGAAAACACUGUAAUAUAUGUCUCUGGAAACAUAAUCCACUUCCUGGACACCCAAACCGGCAAAAUUAGGUUGCAAAGAAGUGUGCGGUGUACUGGUAUCGGCCACAUUACUGCCAAUCACAUUCACAACCAUUUGGCAGUUGGCGAGCGUGGAAAUAAGCCGAGUAUUUAUAUUUUGACGUGGCCAAAACUGGACGUGGUCAGUGUAUUGACAAAUGGAACUGAGAAAUCCUACUCUUACCUCGAUUACAAUACCGACGGAACAAUUCUGUGCUCGCUGGGAGCCGCGCCUGAUUAUACCCUGGCGCUCUGGGACUGGGAAAAUUCAGUUAUGCUGGUCAAGACGGAAGCGGCGAACCGGCCGGUGUACAAAGCGGCUUUUUCUAAACUUCAGCCUGACGUGAUUGUUUCUGGAGGUGAUGGGCAUAUAAAAUUUUGGCAGUCUGCUAAAACCUUCACUGGACGGAAGUUAUCAUUCGAAAUCGGCAAAUUUGGUUCCUGCGAAAUGUCAAACACAGUCGGUUUUGAGUUCCUAGAUGACGGCAAGGUCGCGAGUGGAUGUCAGUGGGGCAACAUACUCGUCUGGGCAAACAACGAGCUGAGUUUUGAAGUGACCACGAGAAGGCCGGUCACGUGUCACCAGGGACCCGUGCUCGCCUUUCACAUGCACAACGCGUGGCUCAUCUCAAUAGGCACGGACGGUUGGGUACGAGCUUGGGACUUGAAAAAAGUUUCCUCUUGCGAGCAAAAUGAUCGGCUCAUCUACAAAAGUGAAUCGGUGGUUUAUUUCACCAUAGGCGAGCAGAGCAGCAUUCUGAGCAAAGUCGAGCUUCCCUCUCAGCCGAGUGGACUCGUUUGGCUCCUCCAGGAUGGUUUGGGAGCUAUUUGGCUGGCUGAUGUUGGUCCUACUUUGGCGGGUUUGGAACAAGCACCAUCAACAUGCAAACAAUUGCUAAAGUGCCACGGAGGAGGAGUGAUUAGCUUGGCAAUUAGUCCAUUUGGGCCAUUCUUUGCCUCUGCAGGACCAAAUGGGAAGGUUUUGUUUCAUAAUUAUGAUGACGGUGCAAUUUUGGAAAAAAGUUUCGAAAUUGAAAUUAGCAGCAUUGCUUGGUUUCCUCAGGAAUGUUCAAAUUUAAUUGUAAUAAUCGGUUUCGAAAACGGUUCGCUGAGUUUGUGCUUCUUGGAUUGGGGGACGGAAAAUAUUGUUGAAAUUGAGGGAAUCAGACCUCACGAGAAACCAGUAACUCGCGUCAUCUUCAGCCCAGAAGCAAAAACGUUGGUUUCUGUAAGCGAGGACCACACCAUUUUCCUGAUCACCGUCGAUUAUGAGCCAACAAUGAGAUUAAUUCCAGUCGGCUCAAUUCAUAUCGAUUUUAAUAUCUUGACGGCUUUUUUCACAAGCGAAGAAAAAAUAAUUAUUUGCGGUGAAAAAGGCCAAAUUACUGGUUAUUCCUUUCAAGACGGGUUUCAUUUAGAAGACCCUGAUUCAACAUUCAGGCUAAAAAAUCAACCUGAUUUUGAGAAAAUCAUAGAAAUCAAGGAUGCUCGAGGUUUGAAAAUUAUGCACUCUGAACUCAGAGGAAGAAACGAAUUAGUUUUAUUUGCCCAGACGGAAUCACUGCUGAUCAUUGUUAAAUUUGACGUGGAAGACAAAAGCUUUGUUGAAUUAAAGAGGAUCACAACAAAACUGCGACUGACUUGUGCUUGUGUAAGUAGUGAUGAAUUGAGCUGCGUAAUGGGAUUCGAGACGGGGGAGAUUCAAUUCAACACUUCUGCUCUUGACAAUAAUGAAAAACAACAACAAAUGUGGGCCCGAUUUUGGCGCAUUCGCAUGCAUGAAAGUGAGCGGGGCUGUCAAGUGUCGGCAGUCGGAUUCAGCCAUGACGGCUGUUACAUUUUCAGCUCUGGAGCCGACGGCAGCAUUUUUAUGUACAAAAUCGCAUCAGCAAACAAAACAGACGCCCGAUCAAUCAGCAAGCGCCGUGUUAUUGUGAGAAAUGAGGCUGUGAAUUGCAAACCAAGAGGAGUCUCGGCUAAAAAUUGCACGCUUUCGAUUGAAAAGGUUCGGCGCCAGAAGGCGGAGAAAAGAAUUUCCGUUGCGAUUGCGGAAAGCAAGGAGCUUAUUCUCAAAGACAUGGCAGUGCUGAGAGAUGAAUAUCAGCAAAUAAAGCUUGAAAAUAAAGGCCUGACCAUGCAUUCAGUGAUGCAGAAGUUUUUUGACGAAAAAGUAAAAUGCAUAAAAAGCAGUUUAUUGGAUUUGGUUCAACCGAGAGUAUAUCUGAAACGUGAUGAAUGGAAAAAAGUUUUCGCGCAAUUUCUGCAGCCUCUUCAGUCCACGAGCUUAAAAAUUUCCGGAAUUGGAGAGGAUUGCUUUGUUGAAGGAUAUUUGGUUGCAAAACAUAUAAAAUCUGAUAACAAAGUGAAAUCUUUUGAAAUUUCUUCUAAAGCGUUAAUUCCAAAACCUGCCAUCGAAUUAAGGAAAAAGUCAGAUUUUGGACUAUUUUCUCCAAACACAGCGACUGCAGAAGACGAGAGAGCUGAGAUUUCAACGUUCGGGCAACAACGAAAAAGUGUGUCGACCGCCAAUCAAGUGGCUGAAAAAUUAAAGAAACGGCAACUCCAGCGAAAUCUAGACAAUAAAAUGCUGGAGGAUUUGAUAAAAAGAAAACCAACAUUAAGGCAUUUAGAUUUAAAUAUAAGUGAGGAGGCUAUGGGUGUUUAUAAGUUGAAAACAGACGCUGGCUAUUCUGUACCAGAAGAUGAACGAAUUGGUUUGAAGGAAAUUCAAGACUUGAUUGCUUCAACCAGGAUUAUGAUUUUCAAUGUGAAAUUUCGAUUCAACAAAAAAUUGGUUCAUUUGAAAAGAGAGCGGCAGCAAAUCAUGACAGAAAUAGAAAAUUCGCAUGGAUUUCUAGAUACCGAAAGGUUGUUCCUUGCUAGAGAAGAGGAACUGGAUGAUUAUUUAUAUCAACUAUGCACGGGAAAUAUUUUCAACGAGAAUUUUCUCAAGCAGAACGUAAUUAAAAGCUCUGAGGAAAUCAUGACGAUGGUUACAAAUUAUGACGCAAAAGUUAGAAGUCUGAUUGAGGAAAGAUUGAAGAGCGAUGUCAACAAUUGCCUCUUGAAACAAUGGAACUUUCUGAACGACCAAAAGCGAGACAUAAUUUUGCACAGCGAGGAUAAGCGGACAGAGCUAAAAGUUUCACUACUGGAAGAGGAAACAACCGAAAAAUCUCUUCAAGAAAAUAUGUUGGCUCUCCAAGGAAAUUUGGAAAAAUGCAGAGAGGAGGUGGAAUCUUUUGAGGAACAAAUAAAUAAGUUGGAAGAGGACGUUAACUCUGCAGUGGAUGGCACCGUUUUUUACGAACAUCUGAUGCUUUUGUACAAAAAAGAGUACAGACCACCUUCACUGAGCAUUGCCAGCUCAGUGACAGAAGGCUCGGAAGAGAAUCGAAGCGGCACUAGCAGUGCAGGCUCGAGCAGUAAGGGCGUGAGUGAAAAAAUCUGUCCCUCGGGGUGUGAUCCGGAGUUGUUUGACUAUGUUAAUCAAUGCCGAUUAUUAAGGUACGAGAUUGAGUUGAGGCUGAUGGAAAGCAACCGUAUUUUGAGUUUGAUGCUGAAAGACGAGGAUGUUCUGAAAAAGAAAAUCAAAUUGGCGCAGAAAAAUAUAAAAUGCAUCAAUGCUAACAUUGACAACUUCUAUCGUGAAAGGCAGUCGAAAAUAAACGAGUUGCAGAUCGCGGUGCCUUUGAAGCUGCAUCAGAUACCGGCUGGAGAGGAUUUCUCAAAGUGUGUGCUGAUAUCGCUGAGCACGAUGAAUAAACUCGGCGCCAGGAGUGGCGAGCUGCAGGCUGAAGCGGCCGAUUUGGAUUCGCAAUAUCAGCAAGACGUAGGUGUUUUGAAAGACAUCAAAGGAAAGACGAAGGCGAUCGAAGAGGAAAUUAAUCAAUUGAAAGCAAAAAUGGAGGAGACCAUGAUCCAGAGAUUUGGAAAGAUUGUAGAUAUUGUUGAGCUUGAGCAGACACUUUUAGGAUGCGAAAUAGAAAAUUUCACAAAACCUGCCUACAGUGAAAUUGAGCAAUCAGAAAUUCAGUUUUGUAAAAAAUUGGAGGAAACAAAACAGGUUGAAAUUCAGAAAAUAAAAGGAGAAAUUGUGAAGGACACUGAAGAAAAAACGAAAAAAUCUCAAGAACUGGCUGAGUUGUUGAAGGAAAUUAAUUCUAAGAACUCUUCCGAUAAUUCAAAACACAAAAACUGCAACCGAGCAGGAUUAAACGAGCGGCGAUGCGAAGUGCGACGGAUGAAUGAGCUUGUUUUGACACAGAAGGAGCAAAUUGCCGCGAUAAGAUACGAGUUGGGCCUCCUGCGCUGCAAAGUGGCCUCCAGUCGUGACCUUCUGGCCACAGAGGCGGACGAAUUGAGCUUCGAAGACGGCGAAAUAUUGCAAAGAAAGCAAAUUCCUUCGUGGAAAAGCGCCCGCAAAGCGUCUGGUGCGGCGCCUGAAAUUCGCAUCCAGCAUUGCGAAAAUGACAGUGCUGAAGAGAAAAGUGGCAGUGAAUCCGAAGAAAAAUAGAAUUGCAGUAAUUAUGUCCUGUCUUUAAUUUAUCCAUCCUGUUUAGCAAACCUUUGCAAUUGUUUUUCCCACAAUUCAAUAAUAUAAUUUUUUUAAACUCUAAAUAAAA